AUGUUGGAGUACUCGGUUGAGGGAGAGUCUAUAACGCCCGAAGAGUUCGAGGCGGGAGAAUGGACCUCAGUUUUGAAGGCACAAGACCGAUUCAAGAAGUCUCUAUACGGCGACAACGCCGAGAGUACGCCUCGCGAGACGCAGGCGGGCAGCGACGGACGCAAGGCGCUCGGAGCGGAGCAAGUCAAGCGGGGGAGAGCGCCGGUGCGGCAGAAACGACGACCGUUUCUGAAGAUGCCGGCCAAGGAUUUCAAGGUUGUGUGCAGACCCAAGAAUUGGGACUUGAGUGUGGUGACACCGAGGGAACUCGGAUCUGCAAUGAGAGCGGCAGCGAAGCUGACGAGUGCGACUGCAGCGGAAGAGGACCUGGUUCGGGUCAACGAGACGAACAACACGAUGACGGAACUCCGGGAUCGUUACAUAAACGGUGGGGCAGGCGGUUGCUUGCCGCACUACUCGGGAGAGGAAAAUUCGGUACUAGAUGAGGACUUUACGGUGGCGGAGGUGGAGUUUGCCCUGGGGCAGCUCCGUACUACGUCGGCGGCGGGUCCGGACGGGGUUACUAAUAAAAUGCUAAGAAACCUGGAUUUCAAGUCGGUGGGAGCGCUCACCGACUUGAUGAACAAGUAUUGGGUGGCCGGGGAGAUCCCGGCACAGUGGAAGCAUGCUAGGAUUAUAUUUAUACCUAAGCCAGGGAAGAAGCUCUGUAUUGAGAAUAUGCGCCCCAUCUCGCUCACAUCCUGCGUGGGCAAACUGAUGGAGCACGUGGUCCUCAACAGGCUUCAGGGGUAUGCUGAGGACAAGGAGUUUCUGCCUGCAACGAUGCUUGGCUUCAGGGCCAAUUUGUCUACGCAGGACGUCAUGAUACAGCUGAAAACGGACGUGAUUGAUCCUGGGCCGUACGUUGUGCCAGACUACUUCAAGCGAGUCGAGUUUCAGCAGCGCGGCAGCGCGCACGUGCACGUCAUUCUGUGGCUGGAAGACGCGCCCGAAGACGAGGAGCUCAGCAGAGCCGAAGGGGCCAUGCCCAAGACGCUGGACUGCCGGUUGUGCCGUCAAACAGACCGAAGCUGUAUCCGCCAACCUCCCAAUGGAUUUGUCAUGUCCGUGGGCAAAAACAUAACGAAUCAGCUAGAAGCGCGCGCCGCGUGA